AUUCAGAGUUUUCGAAAUCAACAAAAUUGAAAUCUCUCACUCUCUAUCUCUCUUGGUGAUCAUUUCGUUUUUUUCCGGUAGAAAGGGAGGAGAAACAUGGUUGUGCGGAUCAGAUUAUCGAGAUUUGGAUGCAAAAAUCGGCCAUUUUUUAGGGUUAUGGCCGCUGAUAGCAGAUCUCCAAGAGACGGGAAGCAUCUCGAGGUCUUAGGUUACUUCAAUCCUUUGCCAGGCCAGGACGGUGGUAAGAGGAUGGGUCUCAAGUUCGAUCGAAUUAAGUACUGGUUAUCUGUUGGUGCUCAGCCAUCAGACCCGGUUCAACGCCUCCUAUUCAGAUCCGGUUUACUUCCUCCUCCUCCAAUGGUGGCUAUGGGACGUAAAGGUGGAGCACGAGACACACGCCCUGUUGAUCCAAUGACUGGUCGCUACGUAGAUGCAGAGAAUAAAACAGUUAAUGCCAGUGAUAACCAGCCUAAGGAAGAGGAUACAGAAGACAAGAGUGCAUAAUUCAUUAGCCUUUUGUCGUCGUAGCUUUUAAGCUCACUUUGUUACCGAUCAUAUCUUGUGUAAUACACUGUACUAGUUUAUCUUCGCUUGUUCCUCUGUUUGGCGAUAAACGGCAAAAAUGUUUUAAAGCCUUUUGCAAAACCGCCACAUAUUUUGCAUUGGUUGUUUUGGCCAUUUACAUUUUUUGAUCUAUGUUUCGAACUUUUUUAUUUUAUUUUUUUCGAAAUUUUGUUAAUACUAUAUUACUAAUACGUUAAACA